ACCUUGCCAGCACGUCUCAGGCUGAAUUCGACAAAGCUGCCGAGGAGGUGAAGCGCCUCAAGACUCAGCCAAGUGAUGAAGAGAUGCUCUUCAUCUAUAGCCACUUCAAACAAGCCACUGUGGGCGACGUAAAUACAGAUCGGCCAGGGCUUUUGGACCUCAAAGGCAAGGCCAAGUGGGAUUCCUGGAAUAAGCUGAAAGGAACUUCCAAGGAAAGUGCCAUGAUAACCUACGUGGAAAAAGUGGAAGAGCUAAAGAAGAAAUACGGGAUAUAGAAGACCAGAUUUGGUGGCCAGCCACACGUGUGACCUGUGACAACAUAAUGCCUUGUUUUUUUUCCUAAUGUAGAUGAUACGGUUCUGAUAAAUUAGGGCCAGAAUUAAUCGCUGAUCCUCCUCCCUGUGUAGUUUUUACCUGAAAUCAAUUAAAAGUACAUUUGUUACUUUAAAAAAAA